AUGGGUUUAACAAUCUCAUCUCUUUUCAAUCGCCUCUUCGGCAAGAAACAGGUUCGUAUUUUGAUGGUCGGACUUGAUGCUGCCGGAAAAACAACCAUCCUCUACAAGCUGAAACUUGGAGAGAUCGUCACCACUAUUCCAACUAUUGGUUUCAACGUUGAAACCGUCGAAUACAAGAACAUCUCCUUCACUGUCUGGGAUGUCGGAGGUCAAGACAAGAUCCGUCCACUCUGGAGGCAUUAUUUCCAAAACACUCAAGGACUCAUCUUUGUCGUCGAUUCAAACGACAAGGAACGUAUCGAAGAGUCUCGUGAGGAAUUGCACAAGAUGCUGAAUGAAGAUGAACUCCGCGACGCUACUCUCCUGGUCUUCGCCAACAAACAAGAUCUUCCAAAUGCGAUGACUGCUGCCGAAUUGACCGACAAGCUCGGACUUCACAAUCUUCGUUCAAGACAGUGGUACAUCCAAGCUACAUGCGCUACUCAAGGACACGGACUCUACGAGGGUCUUGACUGGCUUUCCAACCAAUUGUCGAAAACCUAA